AUGACUUCAACUACUACUUUCCGCAUUCAUGACCUGCCAGUCGAGGUUUUGAGCCUGAUCCUCGGCAGUUUCCCCGGGGAAGAGAGCAGGCACGAAUUUCCCUUCUUUGAGCUACGCCUCGUGUGCCGACUGUGGAACAAAAUUGCCUCGCCGCACCUGUUUCGCACGGUUCAACUCGGGCGCGGCCGCCGAACUUUCCAACGCUGGAGAAGGCUGUUGAGUCGCAAACGGAUCAGAAAACACAUCCAGCAUGUCCGCAUAGAUUGCCAAAACGAGUACCCUCCAUAUCACGAGAUCAUCAAGUGGAAGUGGCAUUUCGCCAGAGCUAUUGGCCGUCUGAAGGAUCUGGAACAGCUCAACGAGCUCAGCAUACACUUUGAGAAGAGCUGCGAUUUGGAAGGAUGGCGUGAGGGCGUUACCAGCCAAUUCAGAUCAUUCUUUGCCACGGGUGCACGGAUGUGGAUACUGAGCAAGCUCGCCGAAGCUCUCAAAGAGCGUGCCGUCACGGUGCCAAACUGCAGACCUGUUCGCUCAUUGACCAUCUACAACCUCCAGAACUUUCCGGCCUGGAAUAUGGGGAGCUUUGACGAGCCCACAGACAUCACAUUCCUGGCUCAGAGCAUUCGCGAGCUGGACCUGACCUUCGUCUCCGAGAACUACACGGAGAUCGACUUCUACGACCAUGGUGAUUGGGAUCCAGGGAAGGUGAAGCGUUGCAAUUUCACACCGUACCUCCGCCACAACUGGCUCGUCCCUACCAUGGAUUAUUUGACUUCACUUUCGAUCUCUUCCGUCGAGCGCUGGGGGGCAAUACCAUCCUACUUUGAUGGAAAAGGCCUAGAAUUCCCCCAACUCAGAAGCUUGGCUCUAGCGAAUUUCGUCAUCGGCCACCAUAACCAGUUUGAUUGGGUCUUGAGACAAAAGUCACUGCACUCGCUUUAUCUCCUUGACAACGCUAUCCUUUCUUAUAUCUUCCAUGAUGGAAUCAUCAAAGAACAGGCCAAUAUCCCUAUUCAUGACUGGAUUGUGCUUGGAGACUCACAGUACUACUUCCCUGGGACGUGGGAGGCAGUAUUUGAUCGAAUUAACGAAGAGCUUCCACGUCUAAAGGAAUUCUGGUUCUGUUCAGACGCUGGUGUCUACCCUCCCCAGCCUGGGAAGCUAUGCCACGUAAGAUAUAUUUCAUUUCAUUCUGACGAGCGUCCCGUCUGGAACACUGGUGCUCGCACGGAUGGAGACCUUGAAUGGGACUGGACCACAAACAGGGCCAAGGAGACAUUUCGAGGAGAUACUCGAGCGUAUGAAUCUUUACUUCAGAACGUUCUUAAGCGGCCGAUGAAGGCUUGA